UCCGGUAAGUGUUAUGAGUGGGCCUAUCAUCCAGCAUAGGCAUACAUGAGUAGCCUAUUCAUUAUUCAUGUCAUUGCAGUUGCCCUGUUAUGAUACAGUCCUAUGUGGAGUGGGCUCUACCUGAUUUGCUCAGCGCCUUGGUCCGUCAAAGCAGCGCGUGGCCCUGCGUCGGGCUGGCUGUGCGCGCUCAUAGGUCGGACCGAGAAGAAGAAUCAGAGGAGGGGGGGAGGCAAAGUGCGCGCCUACGAGACUGCGCGCCGCAAGGAGGGGGAGAGGUCCAGCUGCAAAAAAAAAAAAAAAAAAAAAAAAAAAAAAAAAAAAAAAGAGAGAGAGAGAGAGAGAGAGAGGAAGAAAAAAUACGCCUCUGACAAUGGCAACAUCAAGCAUCUCGUGAAAGGUAGAUAACAGGCGAGGAGGAGGAGGAGAAGGCGCCGCGGAUCGGGAGGUUUUGAGAGAGCCCCUAGAAUAAGAAAGCAGCAGCGACAUUAAGGACAUGCUGGCUGCACGAUAGCGCGUUUUCCUGGAAUACGAAAUUCUUCCGUAAUUGAAAAUGGAGCGGCGGUGGAGAGGAGGAGAGUCGCGCUGCUGCUGCUGCUGCUGCUGCUGUCUCCAUCAUUGAGAGAGAGAGGCGCGUCCACCUGCUAUCACUGGAGGCCUGGGCUGCUGCUGCUGCUGCUGCUGCUGGUGGCUGGGAGGAGGCUGGUGGUGGUGGUGGAGGUGGUGGGUGGGGGGUGAAACAUGCAGGGGAAGUGUUUGCAUUUCGGGGGAAAAAAGACGCAUCUCUGAUUCUGUCCAAAGCGGCUGAGAGAAGGAUCCCAUUGCGACGGAGGGAGGAAAAAAAAAACGCAGUUUGGGCGCAGACGCUCUGGAGGUGGGACAGUCAAAAUGAUGCGUAGGAGGUGAAGCGUUGAGCCGUAUUGAUGGAUGUGUUAACAGACAGCAGUCUCACAUUGAUCGUGAAGACUUCAGAACCGGAGAAUGCAAAUGCAGUGGAGAACACAGGGGUAUGUGAGCAGAGUGGUGAUCUGAGUCUGUGCGGCAUCGUCGAUGCUGCUCUCCCUCCGUCCUCGCCUCCUCCCGCCGCAGAGACUUCACAGCGGGCCUGCCCAACACACCAGAGGACCACACCUGCAUCACCGACCCUCUCCCUGCCCCUCGGUGCCGACUCCUCUCUGGGCCUGACAGCGGCCCCCAGCCCUCCCUCUGAUGACGCUCCAACUGUAGUCCCCCACCUUCACCACACUCCCUCUCCCACACCACUUCCCACCCCAGCUGUGAGCUCCUGGAGCCCAACAGGAGACACUCAGAAGACGUCCCUUCUGCUGCCUGUUGCCCUCCCUCUGUCAGCUACAAUGAUGGAGCCUGGCACUGUGUCUGCCCUGACGGACGAGUGUCUUCUCCAGCCUACCCGCACCUGCCUCGGCUGCUUCAUCGAGACCCGUGAUGCCACUGACCCUAAUUCCAUCCAGAGCCCGCCCCAUGACCCUAUCACCAACCCUGACACAGAGACUGGGCUUAGUGUCAGGAUAGGGGACGUGAGCCGAGAGGACUUCUCUGACAUCAACAACAUCAGCAUCCAGUGCCUGAGCCAUGCGGGGGAAGCGGUGAGUCACUAUGGAGAACAGCUCCUCUCUGACCAGCUACUUAGCUUUCCGCUGCCGAAAGUCCCCGACGAGGGCAAACGAGUUGAUGGAAACAAAACAACAGAGGACUGUGAUGACCCAGAGGAUGAUGCAACAGCUAAGAACUUGUAUGAGGGACUGUUACUGGACAAAGUGAGUGGAGAGGAGGUUCUGCUGGCUAAUGCUGGCCAGGACUGGGGCUACUUUGAAUCCUUCAUCAGUGAGAGUAAGAUGGAGCUGCUGGACCUUUGUUCUAAGAAUGAACUGUCGGUCAACCUCUUCUCCGAGGAAGAUGUUGACAAUCUAUUUGACGAUGAAGACGACGAUUCGACUUUAAGCAGUGAUGUCUGUUCGCUGAAGAUUCGCUACGAGUCUUUCCAGGACAACAUGAGGGAAAAGACAAACGUGCUCCAGGAGGAGACGCAGUUCAACUUUUUCCCCAGCGUCCUGGCCAACUGUGCCAAGAAAGAGGAAGGAGCGGGAGUCUUGAGGAGGAGUGCUGAGGAGCUUCAGCCCAAAAGUGACGAGCUCAUCCUGGAGACAGGACAGGAAGGAAAGGCUGGGGACUGCAGUGGUAGGAGCCCCCUUGAUGGUUCCCAAGGCUCGCCCAUGUCCACUCCCAAAGUCAACUACCUAAUGGACUUCAAUUCCACAGAGGAGUCGGGCGAGUUCAGCGACGACAGCUCCUGCACCGGCUCCUCCUCAGACACCCUGCAGGAGGGCAAGUUUAAGAAGGGACACUCGAAGAGAUUGCUCAGCCCCUCUAACCCUCUCAACUACGGUUUGCGCUCCAAGAGAAAGGUUCGAUACAGUGACGAUUACUUAUAUGACGUUGACUCGCUCGAGAGUGAGAAGAAUGCAGAGAAAAAAGAGAAAGCUCCCUCUGGUCAAAAAGAGGAGGAGGACGUGGACUGGUGCCCCAAAAAACGCCGGAAAUCCUGUCGUAAAGAGCCGCCGGUGGUCAUCAAGUACAUCAUCAUCAACAGGUUUAAAGGAGAGAGACUCAUGUCAGUGAAACUGGGCAAGUUGGACCCUGUGGAUGCGACUGUGAGCUUAAACACCGACACAGUAAGCAAAUACGAGACACUGGCUCCUCUGAAGGAUUUCUGGCAGGAGAAGCAAAGAGAGAGACAGGAGCAGCUUAAGCUGGCUGCCAGAGAUAAACAACAACGCGGUUUUCAUCUAAACGGACGCCAUCAUCGCCCUUUUAAUUCUAGUCAUCCCAAAAGGAAAUACAAGAUUGCAAACAGGCUUAAGGUUCAGAGGAUUCACGCUGUGGAGCAAUCAGCGACAGUACAGUGCUCCCCUCUCUCUGAUCGGGUCCAGGGAGGUGUCACUAAAGAAGAGGCCACCCCCACGGCGGGGGGAAUAACAGCAGCCCCAGGACUCCCAGUCACAUUAGACACAAACUCCAUCACGCACACAGUCACAGCCAAGAGCCGCUCCCAGGAGAGGGAGGAGAGGGAGGGGAGGAGAUUGGGAGGAAAUAAAACAGUCAGGAUAAGGAAAUUCAAAAGCGAAGCCCGGCUGAGGAGCAAGAAAAUGAAAGAGGCAGAAGGAGAGGAGGGGAGGAGCGUGACAAAUGAAACGGAUGCCUGUGUCGCUGCGGCACAGAUUGAGGACCCUACUGCUGGGUUAGAAGAGGCAGGCGUCAGCUCAACUACAGUCAAACCCCAUUUCUCUGACAAUGCCACCACUGCUCACACAUCCGAGGAGAAAUUCCCCUUUGUUUCGUCCACCUGCUCUCCUGACAAAGCUCCCCCCUCAGAGGCGGUGGAGGCGGGUGUCCCUGUUAUCCCGGGGGGAUACCUGCAGACCCUGUUAGAUGCCACAGACUCCUCCGGUGGAGCAGCUAUCUCUUAUUUCCCCCAGCAGCCCUCUAGGCAGCAGUAUCCUCUGGGGCUGUCCCUAGAGGAGAAACAGUUUUCUUCUCUGCAGCUAGCUCAGAGCUGCGUCCUCUCCCCUCCCUCCGAGUCGGAGCUCCAGCAGUCUCCCCAGAACUGCCCUAGCUUUCCCCAGAUGUGGCACCCGCAGCUCUGCGCAACUCACAGUCAGAGCUUUGGGCCCGAGACCCCUGAGACGCCCAUCUUACCCAACAACUUCCCAGCUGCUGUGCCCCUGAAUGACAGCCUGCCAGUGUCUAACUACAGCCAGCUGAGCCCUGAGGCUGACAGGCUACUUUAUGAGAAGAGCUACCUGACUGAGGCUGGGCUGCAGCCCGGGGCAGAUCUGCAAGUGUGUCAGUCUGCCUGUGUGGAGGGCCAGGUGCAAUACCAGAGAGGGUCCCUGUGCACAGACAAUGGCAGGCUCAUCAGCUAUGACUCAGUGGGCUCUCUGUCAGCCUCCUCCAGCAAUUACAGCUCCCUCAGCCUCAAGUCUUGUGAGCGAGAGGGUGAGGAGGAGGGCCGAGACAGCUUCUUAGCUCAUUGCAGUCCUAAAGUGGUGAUUCAGCAGAGUGUGGACGCCCUCACCCCUCUCAGGGAGUCCUCAGACCUGCUGGACAUCUCCAACUUCACCCCUGACAAGUUUAGACACUCAUCACUGUCAGAGCUCUCCCCUCCCGAAACCCCCAACCUGUCCCCCCAGGUGGUGGGGCGUGAGAUGAAGAUGGGAGGGAAUGUUGGAGAAUACCAGGAUGUGAGUGAUAUGACUAUGGACUGCAACAGGGAGGUAAAGUGGAACUGUGACGUUAUGCAGCAACAAGAGCACACAGCAAAUGCAUACACGGUGGAGGACAGCCAGUUCCCGCUGCACAACUUCAACAGUCAGGAUGUGUUGCGUUUGGAUAAAAAGGAGCUGGGAGUUUCCGAAUUUGACGAACAGACUGGUGAGAUGUUGUCCGGCGCCAAAAGCAUAAAGUCAAAGAGGAAAGGCGGUUGCAAACAGACAGCUGCAGGACAGAGCCCAAAGAAAGUCCGGGCUCCCAGAGCUCCCAAGUCAGAAAAGGUCAAGACCCCCAAACAGAACUCGCGCUCCACCAAAAAGAUAAAGGCCAUGUUGGAGGGUAAGGCAGCAAAGAACCAGGCAGGUAGUUGCGGCACAGGCCUGACUGACAGUAGCAGCACUGGGGACUGGUCUGGCACUGGCUGGUCAGAGAGCAACAGCCUGGUCGGAGACGACCAGAGAGAAUUCGAGGAGCCCUCCAAUAUUCUGUCCAACAUUGUCUCUGGCAUGGCCGAGGUCCAAAGGUUCAUGAUGGCCUCCAUUGAGCCACUGUGGAAUCCCAUGUCGGAGGCCUGCAUGCCCUCUGAGGCUAAUAGCCUCAACUUAAAGACCCUCAAAAUCUUGGCAGGCACAGAGGCCGACCUGAAGAAAAAGGGAGCCGCGCUAACAGGGGCCGGGAGAGGUAGAAAGGCAGGGGGAAAGGGAGGAAAGAACCAGGCCAAAUUCAACCCCUCUCAUCCCUUAUUCCCUCAACUAGCUCUGGGCUGUAACAUGUUUGAUAAACCCAACUUUAUUAACCCUGGGCCUGCGCACAAAAAGCUGUACCGCCACAAGACCAGUGCAAAGUUCCCGCGGAUUGAGACACUGAAGGGGAAGCGAGCUGAGAGAGACCCAAAUAAGGACAUAGCACUGAUGACCUCUUUUGAGAAACUGAGGUAAUAUUUUGUUAUCAGCUGCUGUUGCACCCCCUUCUCACUUUCCCCCCCCACUACCUGCUCAGCCCUCCCCUCCUCCCCCCCUUCCAAGCAUACCUACACUGACGCUAUGCCAGAGCUGCAUGAGUACUACGUUCCCCCUGACUACUCCCACUUCCUUUUAACCCCCGCCCGAAGAGGAAAUUAAUAUCUGCAUGAAAAACUUCUUGUACUUUGCAAACUACCUAUUGAGUGAUUGUGUCAAGCUUGAUUGAGAUUUGAAACGACCAUGGCUGCAUUUUUCUUGCUUUUGUUGUUUCUGCUUCGUUUGUUCUUCUUCUAGUCGUUUUUUGUUUUAUUUUUGUCUGAAAAAAAAAAAAGAAUAAGCCUUGAAAACAGUUCUGUCGCCUUUUUUGAGGAACUUUGUUUUUGUAUUUUUCUCAGCAGAACUAGCUCCCCUGAAUUAUGUAUUUAUUCCCCUUUUUCCCUAAAGAUGUAGCUAUAUACACAAAUGCAUUGAGUGACAUCUACGCACCCCUCCUCCUCAUCUGUUUUUGUAUGCAGAAUAUGGAUGUCCUGUUGUUGCUGUCCUUCAUACACUGCCUGGCUCAUUUCAAGAAGGGAACCUACAAUUAAUGAGCCCUGUUUAAGCCCGAGACAUCUUGAAAACACAAGAUGGGACCAUUUUGUAUUGAUGACAUAUCAGACGUUGUCUUUUUUUCCCCCCCUCAAAGUUGGAAUGACUCCCCCCAUUUCCUUUUAUCAAGCAUUUCUUUGUUUUCCUCUGGAGUUUAGAGGAACUGGUUAUCUAAAUUUACAUUUUUACGCCUUGCAAAUUCAUAAAAGCUCCACCCUCAGAGUAUUUUUGUCAAUGUUGUUGUACAGGGACAUGCAAUAUUUGCAAAAAAAAGAUGAUUAUAAUCUUAAAAUCAAUGUGCCAAAAGUAACAAUGCUGUGUAAAUGACCUCUUAUAUAUGUGUGAAUAUUGGCUGUUCCUCUUUUCUAUUCCAUUGGAGUAUUGGCUGCUCGGGUUGGAGACUCCUUACAGAGACUUGCCACUACAGGAAUUCUUUAUUUGGGACUUUUCUCUCUUCUCUGAUGAAAGGCACCUACAGCUGGCAGUGGUACACCACCACUCACUAAACCAAAUCAGAAAGACUCUGAAUUCUCCUCGUUUCCCCCCACUUUGUUUGCCAAAUUCAAUUUACCUCAACAUCGCCUGGCACUGAGAAGCAACAAAAGAGAGGCAAAGGGGAGAUCUGCUCUGAAGGCUACUGUAGAGGAAGACGAUGAAGAAAAAAAAAAAGAACUGUUCAAACGAGCUUUCUCUGGACCACGGAGAGUGUAGUGCAGAUGUUUGAGGGUAAGCAAGGAAAUUAUUUGUCAGUUGGGGCUGUGCCUCGCUGAAUAGCUGUUUUGUACUGAAAAUUCAAGGCAGUUUAUUACUCAUAGAGAUUCUGAUGCACGCAUCAGCCGUGAAUGGACAUAACAUUUUUGCAGUUAGAUUCAAUGUGAAUGUGAAAGCAGUCAGUAAUCUUGUAAAUGAAGGAAAAGCAUGUCUUUGCAUUAGCUCCACGUGGGAAUCUUACUUCUAUCUUACCUGAAACGGUAAUUUAAACAGUAAUUUUUCUUGACAUUCUCAUGUAAUUUUUUUCUUAACACUGCCAUACUUUAAACGUUGCACCACUGGUGUAUUCGGUCUCUGAUUAUUUUUGGUUCAUUUAUCACAUAAUGUCUUAAUUUAACUUUCUUUUAUAUGGUGUCUCCUUUCAGUUUUGAUGGGUCAAUAUUUUGGCAGAAAAUAAUGUCACCAGGCCAAAUAAAGGCACAAAUUGAAAAAGAAAAUGUAUUGGUACUAUCUGAUCCAGUGUAUUCCCAGGCCAUUUAUAUUAAUUACAUUGGGCUCAUUCACUGCCUCGCUGCACUGAAAUAAUUCCACCUUAAAUCGAACCAUACAAUCAUGUUUAUAAAACCUUUUGUUUUAUAUACUAAAUAUAUUUCAGGAGAAAUGCAGAGCCCCUUCAACUGGUAUCUUUUAUAAAUAUAUACUCAAACAAUAGGCCUAUAUUUUAUCUUUCUUUUGAAUGUUGAAUAUCAUUUUUAAACAUAGCAGUAAUUACAUGAGACUGCAUGGAGAUGUGCGGACAAAUUGAAGCUUGAUUCAAAAAAACAGGCCUUGUCACACUGGAUAUGGUAAUUCUGAGGUGAUAGUAAUUGAUUGCUUGCAUAUGGCAAGAAUCAUAAUCAAUCUUUCUCUGUCUCUUUUCUCUCUCUCCUCUCUGCCAUGAUCCUUUGUUUCUUUUCUCCAGUGUAUCAGGGUUAGGACCAAGACAAGCUGCUGAUGGGAAGCUCCACAUGGGCCGCAAGCCCAUUUAGUCUGCCUUCUCUCAUUUCUGCCUAUUGUCAAAUUGAAUGUACUUCUCUGAGUUCAUAGUUUCUUCUUUUUUUGUUUUUAAAAUGUGCCACUGUUGAGCUGCCUCAUGUUAAUGGUGCUAAGAAAGCUGACAAUUGUUUUUUUUUUUCUUUUCUUUCGUUUUCAUUUUUUUGUUUUCCCAGAGUUAACAAAAAAUAAAUGCAAAAUAGAUUAGGUACCUAACCCUCUUUAUGAAUGUAUAUUAUAAUGUUAUGUUUGAUGUAUUCACUUCAUGAUUCUUUGACAUUGAUUGGAAUUACUUUUGCUCUUUUCAUUAAAAGAUUACCGAGCUUUAUAUAUACUGUCUAGAGUUGUUACCAGAAGGAAUCUUAAUGAACUCUUGACACUACAAAAUCUUGUAUAUUUUUUGUGUGCCAAUUUGUAACAUAUUUUGUAAGUGUAUAUUUUUCUUAGAAAGUGCUGUGAAGUAUUUGUGUGUGUGAGUAACCUUUUAUGCGCCUCUAUGGGCAGUGGAAAGGAUAUACAAUGACAAGUUUCUGGUUUUAAAAACCAAAAUAUGAAUAUCAACAGAAAACUAGAACUAUUUACAUUUUGUUGGGAGUUUUGUAAUAAGACCAUGAUCUUGUUGUGAGAGUGUUGUGUUACUGUGCAAAACACAAAUAAGCAAAGAAAAAAAAACAUGAAAACCUGGAAAAAAAAAUAUAAUUUGUGAACAAUUUGCUGUUUUAUAGAUUUUCAUGUAAAUUAUUUGAGUAUUAUUUAGUUUUUUUGUUUUGUUGUAACUGUUGCAAAGGUUUUAAAUAUUUGUGAUCAAGCCUGUAUGGUGAUAAUGUAAUAUUGGUAACUUGCUGAGUUUUGUAAUAAUGUUUAUGGAGUAAAUAUACAAAUUAAAAUAAGAUUUUGAAUGCUGC